GAACCUGUCACUAGAAUGUUCCCCGUGGAAUAUUUGCCACGUUUGUCCUAAUUAUGACGCCCAAAAAUCACCAGAACCCGAAGGUCAAGCUAAGCUAAUGCUAAAGAAGCUAGUAAUACCGGGUUCCUUCCGGUUUCAUCAUUGAAGGACUGAGAGGUUCCCGGGCUGCGCACGAGCUCUCAAAGGGUGAAAACAAGCUGUUCUCCUCCACAUCUGAAGAUGGUGCUGAGGGAGGUCCCCACUGAGAACAUCACCCGUCCGCUGGGCAGGAACGAGGUCAUCGGCCUGCUCUUCCGCCUCACCAUAUUUGGAGCCGUCACCUACUUCACCAUCAAGUGGAUGGUGGACGCCAUCGACCCCACCAGGAAGCAGAAGGUGGAGGCCAAGAAACAGGCAGAGAAACUGAUGGACAAGAUCGGCGUGAAGAACGUGAAACUGUCGGAGUACGAGAUGAGCAUCGCCGCUCACCUGGUGGACCCGCUCAGCAUGCAGCAGAUCACCUGGAGGGACAUCGCCGGUCUGGACGAGGUGAUCACAGAACUGAAGGAGACGGUGAUCUUACCUGUUCAAAAGAGACACCUGUUCCAGGGGUCCAGGCUCCUGCAGCCCCCCAAAGGCGUGCUCCUCUACGGGCCGCCCGGAUGUGGCAAAACGCUGAUUGCCAAGGCAACGGCCAAGGAGGCGGGGUUUCGCUUCAUCAACCUGCAGCCGAGCACGCUGACGGACAAGUGGUACGGCGAGUCACAGAAGCUGGCGGCUGCCGUCUUCUCAUUGGCUGUCAAGCUGCAGCCGUCCAUCAUCUUCAUCGACGAGAUCGACUCCUUCCUGAGGAGCCGCUCCAGCUCGGACCACGAGGCCACGGCCAUGAUGAAGGCCCAGUUCAUGAGUCUGUGGGACGGGCUGGACACGGACCACUACUGCCAGGUGAUCAUCAUGGGGGCCACCAACCGUCCCCAGGACCUGGACUCGGCCAUCCUGCGGCGGAUGCCGACCCGCUUUCACAUCAACCAGCCCAGCGCGAAGCAGCGGGAGAAGAUCCUGGAGCUGAUCCUGCAGGACGAGGGCGUGGACUCUCAGGUCAACCUUCUGGAUGUCGCCAAGGAGACGGACGGUUUCUCAGGAAGUGACCUCAGAGAAAUGUGUCGCGACGCCGCGCUGCUGUGCGUCCGAGACUUCGUCCACAACCAGAGCGAGAGUGAGGACUACAUCCGACCCAUCCAGCAGAGCGACCUGCAGAAGGCCAUCGAGAAGAUGAAGAGGUCCAAGUCUGCGGGGGUUCAGGGCAUGCUGCUGCACGCCGCUCUGGACUGAGGUCACAUGACCAGCUCCGCCCACCGCCGCCUCCACGAUGUAAAUAAGUCAAGCAUGUGCCACUGCUUCCUGUUUGUGCAAAGACGACUUCCUGUGAAGUCGUUUCACCCCAGGGGAACAAACUGACCGUCCUGCUGCUGAGACCUCCGUUACCCAUGAUCCUCCGCUGCAGUAGGGACACCCCAGCCCUGAAGAUCACCUUAAACUGUCGGCCUCAUCAAUAAAUUGAUGGAUUGACCAGAGGUGGACUGGAUGAACAUCAGAACUCUGGAUUAGUCCUGAUCCAAACAGGUCAACGUUAAAAACUGUAGAAUUGAUCCAAAUCCAGCUGAAGGCAGAAACCCUGGAAGGAGAAAAGCUCCACCUUUGAAGAGUUGGUCCUAUUUAAGUUUGGUUUUCUGUAAAAAGUGUAAAUCUUU